CAGCAUCAGGCGAAGGCACUUGUCCUAUCCAAAGUUUCAAUUCAGCUCAGCUCGGUGACUUCACCCAAGUGCUCCCACCGCAAUUGGCAAGCGGCAAGCGAUGGCCUUUACCCAGGGCUGCCUGCACCCCCUUUGCUGUGAACGCUUUGGCCCACGGGCCACGAGCCCGUAUAGUACGAGAUCCCGAAGAACCUCAUAUAGUCUCGGUGCCCGGUCCCCAUGCAAUGAGACUUGCCUUUGUCACUUUCUUCUUCCGUAUCAGCACACACAGCGACUCGAAUCCCCUCUUAUAAACUCACACUCCCUCUGCCCCGCCCCCUCGACACUCCUUGGCAUCCUUGCGAUAGUCUUCCCCUCUCAAUAACGCAAUCGCACACAGGCACCUCACAAGGCCCCCAUCAGCCCCUCAUGUCCGCCCGUCGAGGCUCGAUUGAGCGCAACGUCUCAAGCAGGAUGGAGCAGCUGGAUGACGCCCACUCUCCCACCGAAAUGCCUGCCACCCACAGCUCUUCCUCGUCGGUGAAGGGGUCCUUCACCGACUCUCGCGCCCGCUCUUCGCAAACCUCUUCAGCCGUGCCCAGCCUGCACGAGCAACCCAUUGGCAGCGGAACCAUGUCGCCGUCGCUGUCGCAGCAACAAUUCUACUCGCAAUUCCCUCAGCACACAGUCCAGCGCAUGCAAAGAGGCGAGUCUACCAACUCUUCGUGGCUGGGUCACACUUCCUACUACGGCUACGGCGGUGCUAGCACGCCUGCCACACCCGGCGUGGACCCUUCUGUCCCUCUGAAUGGCUUCUUCUCUCCCUCGGGCGCUGCUACUCCCAUGUCAGCCAACCCUUCAACCAAUGGUAUUCCACCCGUGCCAAGGCUGCCGGCUGGCAUCAGCACUCCCCCCAACCCCAAGCUGCGUCAGAGGAAGAUCUUCAAGUCGACUGUCCUGAACGAGAAUGAAGAGGUGCACAAGCCAUGGCUGGACAGCAAGGCUCGCAAGUCUGCCAACCGCAAGGCUUACUGGCUCUUUAUCUCUGGUAUCGUCAUCGGUCUUCUGGCGGCCGUGGCAGUCAUCUACACUGGCUAUGCCUCUGUCAAGCAAUACAAGUUUUGCAUGGUGCUGGACGAGUCCUUCUCAGGUACCGAGAUCAACCCGAACAUCUGGUUCCACGAGCAGGAGACUGGUGGUUUCGGCAACGGUGAAUUCGAGUGGACCACUGCCUCCACGAACAAUUCCUACGUCAAGGACGGCUACCUUUACAUUGUGCCCACCCUCACCAGCGACGCUCUGGGUAUGGACGCCAUUACCAAUGGUUACACUCUCAACCUGACCACUGCCGGUACCUGCACUGCCGCCAACCCCAACGACAUUGACGCUUGCAGUGUCUACUCGAACUCCUCGACUGGAGUAAUUCUCCCACCUAUUCAAUCCGCUCGACUGGUGACCAACUUCUCCUCGACGAUCAAGUACGGUCGUGUCGAGGUGCGCGCCAAGAUGCCCAAGGGUGACUGGAUCUGGCCCGCAGUGUGGAUGAUGCCCAAGUACAGCGUGUACGGAGCUUGGCCCCGAUCUGGUGAGAUCGACAUCUUCGAGUCGCGCGGUAACAUUGUCAAGAACAAGAAUGACGACUUUGGACAGGUGAUGCACUCUACUCUCCACUGGGGUCCUUCCAGUGACUAUGAUGGUUACAAGCACACCACUGACGGCAAGCGUCUCUACCGCAACUACUUUAAUGAAGAUUUCCACACCGUCGGUAUGCAGUGGACUCCUGAUGGAAUGUACACCUACUAUGACAACCCCAACAACAAGGUGCUGGAGUGGAAGUUUGACCAGAGCUUCUGGAACCUGGGUGACUUCCCUACUGCCGCUACCAAUGGAAGCACCCUCACCGACCCUUGGCCGGCAAAUGGCAACGACAUUGCUCCAUUUGACCAGGAGUUCUUCCUGAUCCUCAACGUCGCCGUCGGAGGCACCAAUGGCUGGUUCAACGACCCUGACAUGCCCUGGAGCAACGAUGCUGACAAUGCUCGUGGCGAAUUUUGGGAGAACCGUGACACGUGGCUGCCCACUUGGGGAGCUACCGACUAUGACCGUGGAAUGGUCGUCGACUCGGUCAAGAUGUGGAACCUCGAGGGAGUAGAGGGCAUCGACUGCCCCGCCACACCCAUCACAAACUAAGCCUCGUCCGCUUUGAUCAUAGAGAAUCCUGCUGUUCAAGUGCGCUAGUCUUCUUUUACCUUGUCCGGAUCGGUGUUUCUCGUGCGCGUCUCUACAACACACAUUCUCACACUGGCUGUUUCUCCUUGGUCUCUUUUCGCCUCAUUGUCACAUUAUGGAUCCCAUGCUAUCUUGCGCUCCUCUGAUUAAAUAUCAUUCUUGCAUAGACGAAAA